UAAAUUUCCUGGGAAUUCAUCCUUUAGAAAGAAAGGAAAAGUAAUGCGCAGCCAUGAACGUACCUUCGUGUGGUUGAACAUUCAAAGCUUGUCCUCUUUAAAAACCUCCCUUAAACCCCUCUCUCCAACUCAUUCAAUUCAGUGUAAAGCGAACCAGCCAUUGCUACAGAGGGAAUCCAUGGAUUCUUCGUCUCUUCUCCUCUUGUUGUUGCUGGGUUUCUUUUGUUUUUCUGAGUUCACAUCCCAUGCUCAACUUAUUCCAGAAGAUGAAGUUGUUUAAAUUUUAUCAUGCUCUGGGAAUUCUCAUGGAAACAGAAAAGCAGGCAUAUCAGAUUAUGUUUUAUUUUAUUUUUUCAAAUUUUCCUCUGCUUUCUCUGCUACCAAACGUUGGCGUAUAUCAUUCUGCCGUGGAAACUCUUAGAACAAUAUCCUCAAAGCUAAACAACGAACAUUGGAAGUUGAACAAAGGCCCAACUUCAUGCAGUGAAGGCUUCAAUGUAACCAUCGCUAAGGAUAGGUUCAGCAAUGUCACAUGCAACUGUACCUACAAUGGCGGAACUGUUUGCCAUGUCGUAACCAUCCAGUUGAAGGGUCUUGAUUUGAAUGGAACUUUACCUGAUGAGUUUGGAGAUCUUCCUUAUCUGCAAGUACUUGAUCUCUCCCGCAACUAUAUCAAUGGAUCGAUCCCUGCUAAAUUCGGCCGGCUUUCUCUUACCAAUCUCUCUCUUUUUGGAAACAGAAUCUCUGGGUCGAUUCCUGAUGAAAUCAGUAAUAUCAAUACACUUGAGGAGCUGGUCUUGGAAGCUAAUCAACUUGGAGAACAUCUCCCUCCAAGUCUUGGAAAGUUGAGUUAUUUAAAAAGACUUGUUCUCUCUGCAAACAAUUUCACAGGAACAAUACCAGAAAUUUUUCACAAUCUCAAGAACCUAAUUGAUUUUAGGAUAGAUGGGAAUAAUUUAUCUAGGAAGAUACCAGAUUGGAUUGGGAAUUGGACCAAACUUGAGAAACUGUAUCUGCAAGGCACAUCAAUGGAAGGGCCCAUUCCUUCUAUUAUAUCCCAGUUGAAAAACUUAACCGAGUUGUUAAUAUCUGAUUUGAGUGGACCGACUACAUCUUUCCCCAAUUUGACGGAUAUGAACAACUUAAAAAUAUUGGUGAUGAGAAAUUGCUCCAUUACAGGUGAAAUCCCAGAAGACAUUGGAAAUAUUGAAACAUUAAAACUUUUAGACCUGACCUUCAACAGACUGAAUGGUACAAUUCCAGAGAGCUUUAAGGAAGAAAACAAGGAGAAAACAAAACUCGAUUUCAUGUUUCUCACCAACAACUCACUGACUGGAGAAGUGCCCAGCUGGAUAAGAUCGGACACUGAAAACAAAAUUGAUUUAUCUUACAACAAUUUUACAGGGCCGCAACUUUCUUAUUGCAAAUACCCCGUGAACUUGGUCUCCAGUUAUGCAUCUUCAGCAAGAAACAUUACCCCUCGGUGCUUACAGAAGGAUCUCCCAUGCUCUGGAAAAGCCGAAUACUAUUCCUUGUAUAUUAAUUGUGGAGGAGAGAACACAGCUUUAAAAGGGAAGACAUAUGAAAAAGACGAUGGAAUUGAGGGUGCAUCAGAGUUCUCUACUGAUAGUACAAACAAAUGGGCUUAUAGCAGUACAGGGGCUUUCAUAGGCCAAAGGGAUCAUAGUUACCUAGCCAAAAACACAUCUGCUUUGAACGAGGAUGCAGUGAUUUACCAAACUGCUCGUCUUGCUCCCAUCUCACUCAAGUAUUAUGGGCUUUGCUUGCGAAAGGGCCCUUAUAAAGUGCGACUCUGCUUCGCUGAAAUCAUGUUUUCUAAUGACCAGACAUUUGGUAGCCUUGGGAAACGCUUGUUCGAUGUUUCAAUUCAAGGAAAUGUAGUUUUAAGGGAUUUUAAUAUCAUGGAAAAAGCUGAAGGUGCCGGUAAAGGCAUUUGUAGCGAUUUUGAUGCUUAUGUUGAUGGUAGCACUCUGGAGAUCCACUUAUACUGGACGGGCAAAGGGACUAAUUCCAUUCCGGAAAAAGGUGUAUAUGGACCUCUUAUAUCUGCUAUUGCAGUGACACCAAAUUUUGAUCCCAACCCGGGGCUGUCUGUUGGAGGUAUCAUCGGCAUUGUGAUAGCUUCAUGUGUGGUCCUCAUAUUGAUUUUGGUACUCCUACGAAUGAAAGGCUACUUAGGAGGAAAAGACCUUGAAGAUAGAGAACUACGUGAGCUAGGGACUGGUUAUUUUAGUUUACGACAGAUCAAAGCUGCUACCAAUAACUUUGACUCUGCAAAUAAGAUUGGUGAAGGUGGAUUUGGGCCAGUUUACAAGGGUGUACUGUCAGAUGGUUCAGUAAUUGCUGUUAAGCAGCUCUCUUCUAAAUCAAAGCAAGGGAACCGAGAAUUUGUAAAUGAAAUAGGCAUGAUAUCUGCCUUACAACACCCGAAUCUUGUGAAGCUUUAUGGCUGUUGUAUCGAAGGGAACCAGUUGUUGCUCAUUUACGAAUAUUUGGAAAACAAUAGUCUUGCACGUGCACUUUUUGGUUCCGAUGAACAGCGGCUAAAUUUGGACUGGCCAACUAGGAAGAAGAUAUGCUUGGGGAUAGCAAGGGGAUUGGCAUAUCUUCAUGAGGAGUCAAGAUUGAAAAUUGUUCAUAGAGAUAUAAAGGCAACAAAUGUGCUGCUUGAUAAGAAUCUAAAUGCUAAGAUAUCCGACUUUGGCUUGGCUAAGCUGGAUGAAGAUGAGAACACCCAUAUCAGCACACGGAUAGCUGGAACGAUAGGAUACAUGGCUCCUGAAUAUGCAAUGAGGGGUUACUUGACGGACAAAGCUGAUGUUUACAGCUUUGGAAUUGUUGCUUUAGAGAUUGUCAGCGGGAAAAGCAACACCAAUUACAGGCCAAAGGAAGAGUUUGUUUAUCUUCUUGAUUGGGCUUAUGUCCUGCACGAGCAGGGAAAUCUUCUGGAGCUGGUGGAUCCAACUCUUGGUUCAAACUACUCAGAGGAGGAGGUGAUGAGGAUGCUGAACUUGGCCAUCUUAUGCACCAACCAAUCUCCCACUCUCAGGCCACCCAUGUCCUCUGUAGUGAGUAUGCUUGACGGCAAAAUUGCAGUCCAAGCACCAACAAUCAAGCAUGAUUCUAUGAACCCGGAUAUGAGAUUCAAAGCCUUUGAGAAGCUCUCACUGGACAGCCAGUCUCAUGUCUCAGCAUUCUCUGUAGACAGUCAGGUCCAAGGCAGCAUAUCACUUGAUGGACCAUGGAUUGAUUCCUCAAUUUCCCUCCAUAGCAGAGAAGAAACAAGGGACUUUUCUUCAUCAAGCAAGCUUCUUACAGGACACCAAGAUCUUUACAGUAUACAUUUGGAGUGAUCAAUGAAAAUAUGGUAUACUAAUAAUACUUCCAAGUUGUUCUGCAAGAAUGUUUUCUGAAAACUAUUUCGAAUUGAUUCUUGAAGUAGUAGAAGCAGAAAUAAGUAUGUUUUGUAGUAUAAUUACAAUAUUUGUAUAAAAUUAUGUGAAUAAGUGCUCCGGUUGAGGCUUGAUGAAGAAAAAUAUUUAUAUUUCUUUAUUUUUCCAACUUACUCCUAUGGUAGUAACUCAUCAUUCCACAGAGAGAAAUCAGUAUAUAUUUAUUUUAUUCUGUUCAACUUUAUUUCCAUUUUAUCAUCA